UCAACCACAUCAUGAACAAACUUCUAAGUUUUAUUGUCUUUCUAUCCUUGUUUUUGAGCUCUGCAGCUUAUUAUGAGUUCUUCAUAUUGUCAAUGCAGUGGCCACCUGCUUACUGCAGGGCCAAGAGUUGUGUCCAGAACCCGAGCAGGUUCAGUAUUCAUGGAAUGUGGCCUGCAAACAAGACAAAUCCUCAGCCAAGCAAGUGCUUCAACAAUGAUCAAGCAAAGACAACAUUAAACAGAAAUAUGAUUUCUGCAACAGCAUCAGCUGAGCUACCUACUUCAUGGCCAAAUUUAGUAGGAGACAAUUUUGAAUUUUGGGAAAGGGAGUGGUUAGAACAUGGAACCUGUUCAUACUCGACAUUUAACCAAACUCAGUAUUUUGAUCAAGCAAAUACUAUUUGGAAGGGGUUACAACUUUUUGAUAUACUUCAAAAAGAUGGCAUUUCCCCAAGUACCACUGAGUAUCAUAAGAGAGCAGACUUUGAAAUGGCCAUAGGUAAGGCCAUAGGUAAGCAACUUGGAGAUAAGUUUAGGAUUGAGUUUCAUUGUUCUGAAAAAAACCCUGAGCUAUUAGAGAUUAGGUUGUGUAGAAAUCAUGCUGGGAGUGACUACACGGGCUGUAAGAUGUAUGGCAAUUGUGGAAGUACAUUUAAAUGGAAGCCGUGAUAUGUAUGACAUUAGGCAUUCAAAUGUAAUAUCAAUUGAUAAAUAAAGGAAAUGAAUUUCAUGUUUA